AGGUGCGCGAGGAUUUCUAUCGCGGAUUACAGUGCAGUGUGGGGUCUGUACGGGGGUCCGGAUAAAGAUGAGGAGGAGGAGGAGGAGAGCGUGAUGGACGUGCGCGUGUUUCACCUGCUACCUCGAGACUCUCGGGCAUGGAUGGGGGGAGACAUACAGGGUUGCGUAUAAUCAGUGGUGGCCAGGAGGAGGCGUCAGGGACCGUCCUGCCUGGCUAGAGUAAUCCGAGCUGGAGUAGAAAUGGAGCGCUACCUGGGGGAAACCUCUGGAACUCCCCCUUCACUCAAUGGCACCAACGCCACAUCAACCCCAGGGGCGGCGUUCCACGUUUCCAUGGUUACAGAGCGCCUGGCGGUGGUGGUCACUCUGGGUUUGCUAACGCUGUCGACCGCAGUAGUGAACGCGGCCGUGAUUGCGGCGAUCUUCACCACGAGGAAGCUCCAGCUGCCCGCCAACUACCUCAUCUGCUCACUGGCCGUCACAGACUUUCUCGUGGCAGUGCUGGUGAUGCCACUGAGCAUCCUGUACAUCGCCACGGAGACGUGGUGCCUGGGCCAGGUGAUGUGCGAGGUGUGGCUAAGUGUGGACAUGACCUGCUGCACCUGUUCCAUCCUGCACCUGUGCGUGAUCGCGCUCGACCGCUACUGGGCCAUCACCAAGGCCAUUGAGUACGCCCGCAAGAGGACCCCCCGCCGUGCCGUGGUUAUGGUAACCAGUGUGUGGGUCAUCUCCAUCUUCAUAUCCAUGCCACCCCUGUUCUGGCGGCACCGCAGCGACGGUAACGGCCCCAGCGAGUGCUUCAUAGAGCACGACCAGGUGGGCUACAGCAUCUACUCCACGUUUGGCGCAUUCUACAUCCCCAUGACGCUCAUCCUGAUCCUGUACUCGCGCAUCUACAGUGCUGCCAAGACCCUGUACCAGAAGCGCGGCUCGUCACGGCACCUCAGCAGCCGCAGCACGGACAGCCAGAACUCGCAGCCAAACCACUGCCGGGUCACCCACGCCUUCUGCGUGUCUGACCUGUCCACCUCCGACCCCACCAUGGAGUUCGACCAGCUCAACGUCGACCCGCUGGCAGACGAGCGUAACCAGAUCUGCAGCUCCCGCGAGCGGAAGGCCGCCCGCAUCCUGGGCCUCAUACUUGGCGCCUUCAUCGCCUGUUGGCUGCCAUUUUUCGUCAAGGAGCUGCUGGUGGGCCUGAAGGUGCUGCACCCGUCCCGCAGGGUCUCCGACUUCCUCACCUGGCUGGGCUACGUCAACUCGCUGAUCAACCCGCUGCUGUACACCAGCUUCAAUGAGGACUUCAAGCAGGCCUUCAAGAGACUGCUGGGACGCAAAGAGCACACAUAGACCAGAAGGAACAUCUAGGAGAAAUGUCAAAUAUACACACUGCAAAAAAUGAGAGAAGCAUCUUGAGCUGAUCUUCUAAUCUUAAAAUCAGUAAAUAUGUCAUUUGUUUAAGGCACUGUGGCUGGUUUUAGGUGACACUAAUUUGAUCUGAUGUCAUAAUAAUAAUAGUAAUAUAAAAUUAGCAAAAACUAUCAUGAAUCUUGUUUCUUAAAACCUCAUUGUGUGCUAAAUUUGACACUGUAAUGCUUAAAAUAAGACACAUUACUGAAAACACUUCUUAAACUGAUGCAUGGAAAGCUUCACCUAUGAUAAUAAAAGUGAAACACAGUGGAUCAAAGGCCCAAAACAAAUCAAGUGAUCACGUGGCAACACUGGCUCUCUUAAACGGGAAAAUAUUGUAAGAUUAACAGACUAGAUUUGUAUGUAUGAGAUUAAUCAGCUCUUCGCUAUAAUAGAACAAAUUUAAACAUGACUUAUUUUAGGAAAGCAGUGUGUUUGGAAUGUUUUUAAGAUUAUAAAAUGAGACUUCUGCCCAGUCAAAGUCUUUAACUAAGCCAAGUUGUGCUGAAAUUUCGUCUUUCAAAGUGAAGUGUUUCAAAUUUUUUAGGUCUCUGAUUUUAUGUUAACAGGUCAGUAUAAUUCGCUCAUUUCUCCAAGAGAAUUGUAAUGUUUGUAAAAGCUGGCUGAGUAAUCUCAUACAAGCAAAUCUAGUCUGUUCAUCUUUAAACAAAACUGCUUAUUUUCAAGAUUUUCUGGCUUAAGAUUUCGAGCCAAAAUGAAAAACAAACCCUCUAUUUCACAUCAUUUCACCUCUUUACUAAAAACAAUGCAUGAAGCUUUUCAUUUAAAAAAAAAAUGCUGCACUGGUGUCAGAAUUGAAUACAAUCCACCUUAAAAUGUAAUAAAUGCAGGCCUAUACUGCUUUCCACUGUGCGGUACUUUAAAUAGAUUUUCCUCACUGAAACGCAUCAUAACAGUGAAAACAGUGAAAAGUAGUGCACACAUGAUGUCACUUUUCCACAUGUGACGUGCAGAAUAUGAGCAAAAAUGAACAGCAAAACCUCUACUACACUUUUCACAUUACGUGACUUCUUUUUUGUACUUCGGAUGUAUUUGCCUCAUUGAAAUACAACCAGAACAGUGAAAUGCAGCACACAUGAUUGCAUUUAAACAGCACCAUGCAGAAAAUAUGCCAAAACUAAAAGAUCCAUUAAACUGAUUUAUCGCAGUUUAAAAUACUGCACAGUGGAAAGCAGU